GCGAGCGCGCCGCUAAGACCCAGAGGGCUCUGCGGGCAGCGGGGCGGGCAGAUCGCAGGCAGCAGCGGCUCCAUCACCAGCCACAGAGAAAGGGGAAGAGGAGGAGAAGGGAGGAAGGAAGAAGGGCCUGGGCGGAGGGGGGCCCCCCGGGAUGGACAUGGCCUGACCAGGCCCAACAGCCCCCCGCGGGCCGGUGCAGGUGUGCCGGUGACGGCCACCCCGUCCACCACCACCACCACGGGCGGCAUCCCCCUCCCCAUGCCGCUGUAGCCGACGAGGGGCCGCGGCGAGACCGGGGGGAGCGGCGGUGGCGGUGGUGGCGGCGGCGGCGGCGGGCGAUGCGGCGCGGCGGCCCGGUGGCGGCAUGUUGAGGACGGAGGCAGGCGGCGGGGCGGCCGCCGGUGGGGGGUCCCCCUCCGGCGGAGCGACGGGCGGCGGGGGUCUCCGGAGCGCGUCCCCCCACCGUAACGCCUACGAGGCCACCAUCCAGGCCCUGGCACCUACAAAGGAGGCCGACGGCGAAGACGGCAAGAAAAGCCGGGGUAAGAAGUAUGGCUCCAACGUUCACCGUAUCAAGAACAUGUUCCUGCAGAUGGGGACGGCGCCCGGCCCCGAAGGCGCCUGCGACCUGGCCAAGGCCAAGGAGAAGCCCGUCCGUCUCUCCUUGCCCCGGGCCGGCAGCCUCAGCGAGAGCAUGGACCAGGGCAACCUCCUCAAGCUGGGCACCAGCGUCUCGGAGAGGGUCAGCCGCUUCGACUCCAAACCCGACAAACCCUUCUCCAAGCUGCAGGAGACCCGUAAGAUCUUCGAGAGGAGCCCGCAGGAGAAGGCCACCACCACCAAGCUCUUGCUACGUAAGGAACGAGCCGGUUUCCAGGACCGUAAGCUGGACGUGGUGGUGAGGUUCAACGGCAGCACCGAGUCCUUGGACAAGCUGGACGCCGAAGCCGUCUCGCCCACCGUCAGCCAACUCAGCGCCGUCUUCGAGAAGGCCGACCUCCGCAACAACCUCCAUAAGGCGCCGGGACGAGCGGGAGGACCGCUCAACGCCAAGAUGGUGGGCAAGCGACCUCGGGUCUUCUUGCCGGGCCCCGAGGCCGGACGGUCGGGUGAUGGCCAUGCCGCCCCGGCACGGGCCAGGCCGCCGGAGGAGGAGAAGGCAGCGGGGAAAAGCGGCCGGCCGGUGGAGAAGGAGACGGCCGCCCCACGGGUGCAGGAGGUCUGCAAGAUCAAGCCGGUGGAGGUGGAGGAGAGCGGCGAGGCUGAGGAGGAGGAGGAGGAGGAAGCGACGGCGGCGGGCGAACCAGUGCCCGCACCCCAGCCGGCCAAGGGGGCCGAGGGUCCGGCGCCCACCGCCCCCCGGCUGGAAGGGGGCUCGGGGGCGGCCACGGGCGAGGAGGGCGUCAAGGGCGAGCGGGCAGAGGAGGGCGAUGCCUACGAGGAGGCCAAGAAGGAGGACUUCUCCGAGGCGGACCUGGUGGACAUAAGUGCCUACAGCGGGCUCGGGGAGGACUCGGGGGGCAGCGGGCUGGAGGAGGAGGAGGAGGCCGAAGGGCUGUACGAGCCCGAGUCGGGUUGUGUGGAGAUCCCUGGGCUGUCCGAGGAAGAGGAGCCCGUCCCCAACCGCAAGAUCCAGUUCAGCACGGCUCCCAUCCAGGUUUUCAGCACUUACUCCAACGAAGACUACGACCGCCGCAAUGAAGAUGUCGACCCCAUGGCCGCGUCGGCUGAGUACGAGCUGGAGAAAAGGGUGGAGCGGCUCGACCUCUUCCCUGUGGAGCUGGAGAAAGACUCCGAAGGGCUGGGCAUCAGCAUCAUCGGCAUGGGCGCGGGGGCCGACAUGGGCCUGGAGAAGCUGGGCAUCUUCGUCAAGACAGUGACGGAGGGCGGAGCGGCCCACCGGGACGGCAGGAUCCAGGUGAACGAUCUCAUCGUGGAGGUGGACGGCACCAGCCUGGUGGGGGUGACGCAGAGCUUCGCCGCCUCCGUCCUCAGGAACACCAAGGGCCGUGUCCGGUUCCUCAUCGGGCGGGAGAAGCCGGGGGAGCAGAGCGAGGUGGCACAGUUGAUCCAGCAGACGCUGGAGCAGGAGCGGUGGCAGCGGGAAAUGAUCGAGCAGCGCUACACCCAGUACACCGAGGACGAUGAGGAGACGGGCGAGUACGCCACGGAUGAGGAGGAGGAGAUGAGCCCCAUGUUCCCCAGCGGUGAGAUGGCCAUCGAGGUGUUCGAGCUAGCCGAGAACGAGGACACUCUCUCACCCGUAGAGAUGGACCCCGAAAAGCUGGUGCACAAGUUCAAGGAGCUCCAGAUCAAGCACGCCGUCACCGAGGCCGAGAUCCAGCAGCUGAAGAGGAAGCUGCAGUGCCUGGAGCAGGAGAAGGCGCGCUGGCGGGCCGAGAAGGCCCAGCUGGAGCAGAGCGUGGAGGAGAACAAGGAGCGGAUGGAGAAGCUGGAGGGGUACUGGAUGGAGGCGCAGAACCUCUGCCAGGCCGUGGAUGAGCAUCUCAAGGAGACUCAGGCCCAGUACCAGACCCUGGAGCGCAAGUACAGCAAGGCCAAAAGGCUCAUCAAGGAGUACCAGCAAAAGGAGAUCGAGUUCCUGAAGAAGGAGACGGCGCAGCGGCGGGUGCUGGAGGAGUCGGAGCUGGCGCACAAGGAGGAGAUGGAGAAGCUGCAGGAGAAGAUCUCUGAACUGGAGGCCAAGCUGCAGACUUUGAAAAAUUCCAACCCGACUUAAACCACCCUCAAACCGCAGCGAUUUUUUGGGGGGGGGCCCUCUCCCCCCCAGCCCUGUCCCCCCCUACUCCCUACCCCUUCCCCACUGGGGAGGAGGCGAGACCCCCCCCCCGCCAAGGCCUCCUGGUGCCCCCCCCACUUCCCUCCCUGGGGGCACAGAUGGGGGGGGGGCCUGGGGUGCAUCUCGAGGGGGUUUGGGGGGGGGGCGGACACCCCGCGUUCAUGUCUGUGUCCAGUGUGAGUCUCGUGGUGACGUGAUGGACCGAUCGGGGGGGGGCACAGCCCCCCCUAGGCCUCCCCCCCUCCCCAAGCACACCCUCCCCUCAACGUGACCCCUCACUCCCCCCCCGCCCAGGACACAGAGCUGGCACCCCGGUUGGACGUUGUGGUGGGGGGGGCAGGCAGAAAUGCCCCCCGCCUCCAAAUGUGAGCCAUACUGGGGAGCAAAGAGGGGGUACGCUGGAAGCCCCA